GUCCUUCCCUUGGGGACAGCGGGACCACCCUGAGGUCCCCUGUCCUGUUUUGGGUCACCACGAUGUCCCCGAUGUCCCCACAUCGGGGUCCCGUAGGGGACAUGGGGAGGACAUUGGGGACCCCGCCCGGGCCGCUCGGGGGGAGGGGGGGCGGGGACGUCACCUCGCCCUGCCCCCAUCCGGCCGCGCCACUUCCCGCGUGUUCCCCGAGUGUCCCCCGGGCCUGUCCCCCCUCCCCGCCAGCAUCUCCCGGAGUGUCCCCGCAGUGUCCCCGCGGCGUCCCCGGAGUGUCCCCAGCGGCCAUGGAGCCCCGCGAGCUGCUGGAGGCGCUGGUGGCCGUGGUGGCCGUCCUGGGUGAGGUGGCAGCCACUGUGGCCGGGCCCUACGGGGACGUGCUGCUGGCCGUGUCCCCACGGUCCCUGCACACGGCCCUGGGGACCUUCAUCAAUCACCUCCGGGACACCCUGGGCCACCAGGCUGUCCCCUCCCUGGGCCAGGCCCUGGCCGCCCUCGGGGCCACCCCAGGGGCCACCUGGGUCCAUGUGACAAGGGCGGCCAGCGCCUGGCAGGACCCGGUGGCCGCGCUCAGGGACGGCUGGGACCAACUGGCCGGGGAGGCCAUCGAGCUCCGCGACGCCUGCAGGGACACGGCCACCAGGGAGGCCACCACAGCGGCCACCGCCACCACCCUGGCUGGGGAUCUGCAGGUCAAGGCCACACAGUGGGGGACAGCCAGGGACAACCUGGUGGCCGCGGCCCGGCCGGUGCUGCUGGCCCUGGACAAGGAGGAGGCGACCUCAGCGCUGGCUGCGCAUGAGGCCCAGAUGGCAGCCGCCACCAACAAGGUGGUGGCGGCCACCAAGGCCACGGAACAGACCGGGGUGCCCACCAGCGAGGCCAGGGCAGCCAGCAGGAGGGAACAGCGGGCAGAGGUGGCCCUGGAGCUGCUGGAGCGCUUGGUGGCUGUGUGUGACAAAGCCACCACGUUCCCCCGGGAGCUGCAGCGCCGGCUCGGGGACAUCGAGGCCACCCUGAAGGGGACAAAUGAGAUGUCCCCCGAUGUCCCUGCGGCCUUGGUGGCCGCGGCGACCGAGGCUGAGCGGCUGUGGGAGGCCAGCGCCUGCCUGGCCACACGUCACCUGCUGAGGACACUUGGGGACAUCCGCACGCUCCUCUCAAGUUGCCAUGGUGGACCCGGUGGCCGCGCAGUGGCCGAGCAGUGCCAAAGAGCCAUCGAGGACAUCCCGAGACUACUGUGAGGACACUGAUGUCACUGCUGUGAUGUCAUCGGGGUGGUAACAUCAUCAGGGACAUCACUGGUGUCAUUUGUCCCCGCCCCCUAUCUCAGGGUGGGAUUUGAGUCAAAUUUGGGGAAUUUUCUGAGAGUUUUCAUUAAAACUGCCCCAAAUCCUGA